UGUCAACACCCAUGACGCAGCUAUUAUAAAUGAUGUUGGUGCCAAGCCUACACCACUGGCUUGCUAGGUCACAAGUCAUAAUGAAAGCACCGCUCUGGGCAACUCCUAAGAGACUGCUAUCCCAACAACUGACAGUAAAACGCCAUGUGCAGAAGAGAAAAGGCUUGUAUGUCUUCAUCAGUAUUCCCUGUCUAGGGGUGGUCUACUAUGCGAGCAUGGACACGAAACAUAAGCGCCGGCUGAGAGUGACUGCACAGGGAAUGUGGAGGUUUUGGAGGUCAUUUAGAAUUGGAAUGACUUUAUCAUUGGACUACUGGUGGUCACUCUAUGGUCUUGAGGAGGACGGUGCGGCUUAUGCCAAAGCCAUUGCAGAAUGCCACAGGCGUGCUGCAGAAAACAUUCUUGCUGGAUGCCUGAUGAAUGGAGGGCUGUACAUCAAGCUGGGUCAGGGUCUCGUCUCUAUGAACCACAUCCUUCCAAAGGAGUACGUUGACACAUUGGCGGUGCUGCAAGACAAGGCGCUGACCCGACAGGCUGACGAGGUUGAGCAACUCUUUCUGGAAGACUUUGGGAAAACUCCGGACGAGAUGUUCAAGAAGUUUUCAAAAGAGCCAGUCGCGGCAGCUAGUCUUGCGCAGGUGCACUGCGCUGAGACGCACGAUGGCAAGCAGGUGGCAGUCAAGGCGCAGUACAUCGACUUGAGAGACAGGUUUACCGGCGACAUCUGGACCUGUGAAAUUCUCUUGGAUAUGAUUGCCUGGAUGCAUCCAACAUUCACCUUCAAAUGGGCUCUACAGGACCUGAAAGAAACUCUGGCAGCCGAAUUAGAUUUUGAGGAGGAGGCAAGGAAUGCAGAGAGGUGUGCGGAAGAACUGAGUCACCUUAAAUAUGCCUAUGUGCCAGUAGUGUUAUGGGAGUUGGGCAGCAAAAGAGUGCUCACAAUGGAGUAUAUCGAAGGCUGCAAGAUAAGUGACGUGGAAUGUUUGAAGAAAAUGGGGUUCUCUCUGAAGGAUGUGAAUGAGAAACUGAUCAAUAUAUUUGCUGAGCAGAUAUUCCACACAGGGUUUGUGCAUGCUGAUCCUCAUCCUGGCAAUGUGCUGGUGAGAAAGGCGGCAGACGACAGCGCGCAGAUCGUGCUGCUGGACCACGGCUUGUAUGACUACCUCGACCCACACAACCGCAUCUCGCUGUGCAAGCUGUGGAAGUCCAUCGUGCUCAACGACCACGCGAGCAUGAAGACAUACGCUGCCGAGUUAGGUGUACAGGAAUACUACAUGUUUUGCUGCCUGCUGGCUCACAGGCGCCUGUCGUUUCCGCCGGGAGGCCACGCGUUCCUCCCGCGGUCUCGCGAGGCGUUUUUCGCGCUGACCAAGAUGGAACGCGGGAGGCUGCGUGAGCAGGGCAUGGCAAGCAUGAUGGGCGUGCUGAAGGGAAUGCCUUCCCCUAUGAUGCUCAUUCUCAGAAAUAUCAACACGAUUCGUUCAAUCAACAAAGACCAUGGUUACCCUGUUGAUAGGUACACCGUCAUGGCAAAGAGUGCAGUGAGAGGGGAGUUCAAUAGAGAGGGCAUGACAUUGUUGCAGCGUGCUGCCUGCCUGUGGGAAAGAACCAAGUUUGAUCUAAGACUAAGGUCCGAUAGUUGGCGAAUUUGGCUUCUCACGACCUACCUGCGACUGCUCACCUUCUUUGGGCGUGCUCCAGACACGAGUGCCAUCACUGCUGCCCUGCAAUAAUGAUCGCGAACAUAGGACAUGAUGUUAACUACUAUACAUGUGUCUUUCCAUGUUUGGGACGUUCACUAUUCGGAGGGGUUGAUACGCACAUUACACCUAGUAUUUUACUAUAAAGAGAUUUCUACGAAAUGCCUACAGUGGUAUAAUUAAGUCACGUAGAGAGAGGGGGGGGGGUGUGGGAGUUAUAGUAUUUAUAGCUGGCGUUUAUUCCAUGGUGCUGUUGUAACAUUGCUCGUUAUACCAUGGCAAAGUUGCACGUUUACGUGUUUUAGGCAAUUCAGAAUUGUUCCUGCUGCACCGUGACAAUGUGGGAUGACCAGUUAGCAUGCGAUGUGGAGGUGGAACAUUAAUUAUAUGUAUAUGCACAUACACAGGUGUUAGGGGAUAUCUAAGGGAGGAUAUGUGGCAUAGAUAUAUCUCUCUUUAUAUAUAUAUAUACACACACACACAUAUCAGCAGUGGCUAAAAACAAUUUUGUGUUUAUUCACUCAUAGGAUAUCAAGUGUUGGUUCCGUGCCAUGCGCACUGCCCCUGGUUGAAUAUUUGCCGUUGCCGUUGUUGUUGUUACGUAAUUGGCUACCAACAUCUCUGCGUGAUUAUGCAUUGUUGGGCAUCGUUGUGCAUUGUUGCGCAUUGUUGCAUGGACAGACCUUGUUGUAUGAUAUUAAUAAUCUAAUUAGCGAAAUCCGAGUACAUGUGUAUACUCAUUAAAGCAAAACUAUGCAUGUCUGCACGUUAAAAACAGUGAUGGUAAAAAAAUAUACACGUAAAUGAAAUGCAUGGUAAACAUGCGCUCUCGUAUCUUGUACGUGUGUGUGUGAAAGUAAACCAUGAUAUAUGUAUCCCAAAAAAACUGCCUUAGUUAUUGACAGUAUGUGAAAUGCGAUAGCGUACGUGUCUUCCUAAAGGGCCGGACACACUAGCCGAUUAAAUCGGGCGACUAAAUCGCCGGUGAAAUCGCCUAGUGUGUCCACUCA